AGCACUUAAAGAUGGCUUCCCUCUUUUCCUGGACAUGCCACUGGAGGAGGUCCUGGCCCAGAUGAUGCCACGGAAGGAAAUGUGCCCUCAGCCCAGGGACGCUCAGCAUGGGCUCCCCCAGGCCCUCGGGGCCCCGCCGCUGGUCACGGCAGCCCCAGCUGGGCUCCUGCCCGCCCACACCGUGGGCAUCCACGGCUGCUCCUGGCCAUGGAGCUCAGCCAGUGCUGCUGCCGGGUGGGCUCUGCUGGUGCUACCACCUGGACAUAGCUGUGACAACUCCAUUUCUUUAUUAAAACAUACAAUGUGGGCCAAGCCCUGCCCUGGCAGGCAGGGGCUGCCCACCUUCAGUCCUGGCCGGGGAGCAGGACCAGGGGGCUCAGGGGCAGAGGGUCUCGUUGUGGAGGGGUGGGUUUUGGGACGACCUCAUGAUGGUGCUGCAGCCACGGCAGGGCAGACAGGGGCAGAAGUGGAGAGCUGGGAUAAACUGUCAAGUUCUCCCUGCCUGAGGUGUUCGAUUCCUCUUCUGAAGAUGCACAGGAGCACCUGUGAAGAGAGGAGGUGGCUGAGGCCCCAGCAGCCAGUGGCACACAGGGAGCCUCCUGCAGCCUCUCUGCAGGGCCCAGAGCUGGCAAGGCUCCCCAGCAGGGCUGGAGCUGCUGGCCCAGCUUGGCCCAGCUGGACAGCUGCCCCUCAAGGCCCCGGCGAGCAGGGGACGGCUCUGGGCAGGGUCCCUGGCCAGGAGCGGGCCCCGGAGCGCCUCUGCCUCUCAAGGGCAAUCUCCUCCCUGCUCUUUCUCCUCCCCGCCUUGCUUUGCCUCUGCCCUGUGCCCCUGGGGCUGCUCUUGGCCAGGCAGCCUCAGUGGGAGCCAGCACUGGCUGCAGCCCCAGCGGGCCCCUCAGGACAAGGCCCAGCAAUUAGGAGGCCAAUGAAAGCACAGGGCAGCAGCAGAACCCUCAGCAGAGUUACUUGGACACCCAUGGACUGGCCACAACUCCACAGCAGACUCACAGGGAAUGUUCCCUGACUAUGAGCGGCCUUUAAAGGAAGCUGUUUGAAGUAGAGAAUUACAAAACACUCACCAUUUUCUCU